AUGAAUCCCUUAGCCGAGUUCUAUUUUACCCAAGAAAAAGAAGAAAUCUGUGGUCUUCCAGUUUCUUCAAUUACCGAAGAAUACAUUGAAGACAAUCCAUCGAUUGUAGACAGAUACUACACUCGUUAUUAUUAUAUUAAGCCUGGUCAAAGAGAAGAACCAUAUUUGGUCCUUUUUCACUCAAAUCGGGUUUGUUUGAUUUGCUUAGCUCCAGAGCAUUCAGUUUUUAAGAAUGGUAUUGAAGGAAUUUCCUUUAAUAUCGGAAAUAUGGACCGAAGUCAGAAUCAAGUGAGUGGAAAAGGGAAGAAGGGUGGCAUGGCUUUGCAACAAGAUUCCACUUUGGCUCUUGUUAGUGGAAAAGAUGGACAAACUUAUAAAGUACCGAGUUGUAUCAAAGGGAAAUUGAUUGAAGUCAAUCCUAGAAUUCUUAAGAAACCGGAACUAAUGGGAGAUAUUGGAGAUGGAUAUUUGGCUAUUGUUCUACCCAAACCAGAACAUUGCAAUGAAAUUCGUGCAAGUUUACUCACAGAUGAGCAGUAUAGAGUACAUUUAAAUGAGAAGAUUUCCAAGGAUCCAAUAACUGAGUGAUUGUUGUUGUACAAA